AUGCCUUCGUUGCGCGGGCUUGCGGAGAUGUGGGAGCAAGUGUCCUCAGUCCGGGCACGUGUUCGGAGGGUCGGAUCUAUUUUCGAUCGGACCGAUGGACUCCCGCACGCCAAUGUCAAACAGUGCGGGAAAUAUCAGGAUGUGCUUGAGCCGUUGAUCAAGGCUAUCUUGACGUGGCCACGAAAUGCUGCUGGCAAGAUCCAGGUGUGCUCUGUCUUCCAAACGGAGGCUGAGCUUGCGAAGCUGUACCGGCUUUGCAAAGUGCAAACGGAGCCGAAACAAGUGAAAGCAGAAGCCUGGCUCUGCAAGAAGUUUGUGGUCCUCCUCAAGAGGAAGAGGCAGCGUGGCCAAGUUCCACGGAAUGACGCGUUCCAGUACCUGUUGCAGUUCAUCCCCGGUUCCACGGAAGAUGAAACAUCCGUGCACGACAGCGAUAUCGAGCUGUUGUCCGAUGGUGAGGACAAGGAAAAUCCUGAUAAGGAUGAGAGUGCCUUCGCUGAGACACAGGUGGAUACGCAGGUGGAUGACGACUGCGAGAUUCUUGAUGUGGCCAACACGGGUGAGGCCGAGGAGGUCGCAAGGCCUUCCAAUCCUGCGGAGGUGGCAUCCGAAGAUGUUGCUGAUCCGCCACCACCGGCUCCGGAGGGUUCCGGGCGAUCACUUCGCAAAGGCAAGCAGCAACAUUUCGACAAUGAUGUCAUGGAUGUGGAUGAAAUGGAGGAGCUGUCAUGUGAUGCGUGUGAUCGAAAGUUAUCCAAAUGUCACUGUAUGCGGCUUCGCCAGCUGAAGCAGACGAUCGCUACCUUGAAGAGUGUGCAAGCAGCGAGAAAGAGGAGCCAUUUGCUGAAGGGUGCCAGAGUCAAGGCCUCCGGAGAGAAGGCUGCUGAGGAUUCCCGAUCCAGUGGGGCUUCUGGUGACAAGCUGCCCAGUGAGGUCACAGCUCCCGAUCACAAGCCCGGUGAGGUCCCAGCUCCCCAUGACAAGCCCGAUGAGGUCCAAGAUGUGGAUGAUAGGUCCAGUGAGGUCCCAGCUCCCAAUGACAAGCCCAAUGAGGUCCAAGAUGUGUAUGACAAGUCCAGUGAGGUCCCAGCUCCCAGUGACAAGCCCAAUGAGGUCCAAGAUGUGGAUGACAAGUCCAGUGAGGUCCCAGCUCCCAGUGACAAGCCCAAUGUGGUCCCAUGUGACAAGCCAGGUGCUGCAACAGUUCCCACCCCUCGAGCUGCAGCUCGCGAUGAUGAUGAAACCCAGCUCGUUGAUGGACCGACCAUGGAUGGGGUUGCCAUGCUUUGGAAGAGUGCCGAGCAGCUUUCAGACGAGUAUGGGUUCAAUCCACCAGACUUUGUUUCUCGCCGUGGGCAGCUUGCUGUUCGGCAGAACAUCGCCGCUGAGGCGGCGGAUUGUGAGGAUGCAGCUAGUGGGAAAAAGGGUGGCAAGAAGGAGAAGCAGAAGAAUGGGCCAAAGAUCCUCAAGCGUCCGGCUGCUUGUUCUCUGGCCCCACCGAAGAGGGCAAAGCAUGAUGAGAAGGAAGAACAGAUGGAGCCGGAGGGUGGUGCUGGGGAGCCAUCUGCCUCUGAGGCCGGGGUUGGGGCAGUCGACACGAAGCCGAAGGCCAAGGGCAGGCCCAAGGCUAAAGCCGGGGCUAAGAAGGACGCCGACGGUGGGAACAAGAAGCGCAAGUCACCGGCUGAUGAGGAGCCUGACAAUGCCACAGUCUAUUUUGAGGCUGAGGAUGUGCCACGCCCAACCUCAUCACCAUCCCCCGAGGUAGAGCCUGAGACCACUGCAAAUGUGGCCCCCGGCCGUGGACGGGGCCGAGGACGUGGCCGAGGACGGGGUCGCCAAGGACGGGGUGGUGCUGUGGAUGGUGAUGAGCCCGUUGCUAGCAAAGCCGGGAGAGGUGGUAAGAGCUCUGGCAAGGGCAAGAGCCAAAAGCAGGCCAAGGCUCCGGCUGAGGCUGUGGAUGAAACGAAGGAUGUCAAGUCCGGAUCCAAGAAACAAAAGCCACAGAUGAGAGCGCCAAAGGAUGAUGAAGACAACGAAGAGGAGGAGGUGCCGAAGACGUUUGCUCGGAGGCGACAGCCAAAGCAGGCCAUGAACAAGGCUCGCUUCAUCGCGAUUCGUGAUGCCUUCGAUGGUAUUGUUCGAGACCGAUUGCCUGAGUUCCCUUCCAAGUCCGAGGAUCCCUUCUGGACCUACUGUAUGGCUCAGUGGCACCAUGUCGAACAGAACGAGAACACUGAUUUCGUGAAGCUGGCCAAGAAGGCUGCCAGGAAGUUUCUGAAGGAAGAGCUUGGUAUUCCCCCUGCUUGA